AUAUUAAAUCUAUUCGAAUUCCGUAAUUUUAAAAAAAAAUUUUUACAUUUCACUUUAUUAUAUGGUUAACGUUAUCUUUGAAUUUACUAAUAAAGUUUUUAAGUUAACCAGUUAAAAAAAAAUAUUAUCUUUGAAUUUACUAAGUAAAUUGUAAUCUACAUAUAUACAAUCCAAAUUAAUUUAGCAUUGGAAUUAUCAAAAAUGGAUCCUAAAGAAAAUAAAAGAAAUUUAUGGAAGGAUGUUGAUAUUGAUAAAUAUCAGGGACAUGUUACAAUUUCUACCAUUGGUUCAACUACUGAAUCAGCAGAAGAGAUAGAUGAUAAAAUAGUUUAUAUGGAAGAUUUAGAAAAAAGAAAACAAGUAUAUGGAAUAUGUGGAGAAUGUAAUGAACCUGGCACAGGAAAAGAAUGGUGUCAACCUUGUAAUGCUAAAAGAUUUAAGGAUAACUUUAAAAAUUGGACUAGUGGAAAUAAAGAUAUUGAUGAAUUUAUACAACAAUCACAAAUUAAUGCUGUGCACCAUAGAAAUUAUCUUGAAUGGAUACCUUUUGAAAAUUUUAAAUAUAUUACCUAUAUUACCAGAGGUGGAUUUGGUAAAAUCUACUCAGCUGAAUGGCCUGAAGGAUAUACUUAUUCUUGGGAUAUUGAAAAUCAAACAUGGAGUAGGUAUGGCAAAAAAGUUGCAUUAAAAAGUUUGUAUGAUUCAUCUUGUAUAGGUACAGAAUUUUUAAAUGAGAUUAAAACUCAUCUUCAGAUUUAUCUUCUUGAUGUUAUUCAAUGUUAUGGAAUAACUCAAGAUCCAAAUACCAAAGAUUAUAUGAUGGUUUUAGAAUAUUGUGAAGAUGGAAAUUUGAGAAAUUAUUAUAUGAAUCAUGAAUCAGAUUAUUAUUCAAAAAUUGAUAAUUUAAGUCAAAUUGCAAGAGGACUUCUAGAUAUUCAUAAUACUGGAAAAAUUCAUAAAGAUUUUCAUUCAGGCAAUAUAUUAUAUAAAGUUGAUCCAUUUAUAAGUGAUUUAGGAAUGUGCCAACCAGCAAAUAAUGAAAAGCAAUCAGUCAAACAAGAAGGAAUUUAUGGAGUAUUACCUUAUAUGGCACCAGAAGUUUUACGUGGAUAUCAAUAUACAAAAGCAUCUGAUAUUUAUUCAUUUGGAAUAAUGAUGAAUGAAUAUAUAUCUGAAGAAACUCCUUAUAAUAAUAUUCCUCAUAAUCAUGCUUUAGCUAUUAAAAUAUGUAAAGGACUUAGACCAAAUAUUUUUAAAUAUACACCAAAAUUACUUGCAGAUUUGAUUACAAAUUGUUGGGAUGCUAAAGCAGAAAAUAGACCAACUGCUAAAGAAUUGUAUCAAACAUUAAAUAAAUGGUAUAAAUGUAAGAAUGAAGAUAGUGAUACUGAAUCUCAAGUAAAUGAAGAUAGUGAUACUGGAUCUCAAAUAUAUGAAUAUAAUGAUAAGAUUAAAUUAAACAGAACAAGUGAAAAAAGAUCUAAUAACAUUCAAACACAUCCACAAGCAAUCUAUACUAGUAGACUUUUAAAUUUCAAAAAUCUUCCAGAACCAGUAAAUUCAGGUAAUUUAAUUUAACUUUACUUUGGUUGCCAAAAAAAUGUUUACAUUACUAAUAACUUUAUUU